UCUGAUAAUUUCUUAGAAUGCCUAGAACUCCUAGAACUUUCAUUAUAAAUUCUUGGCAUUUUUGCUCUUUCAACUAAAUUCUAUUUUCUUGGUUGGAUUUUUUUUUUUUUUUUGGCCUUCUCUAGCUCCAUUGUUUCUGUACCUGUUAAGAUUUUUAAUUGCCAUUGUUCCUUCAGCAUGUAUGUGCCAUGAGACGCUAACUCUGAGCUCUGUAGCCUAAUCCUUUACGUGGUGGACAUAGGUAAUCCUUCAGCUCAACUUGCUGUGUUUUUAACUCUUUACAGCUGUUAGAAGUACAUAUUCUGUUAAGGUUAUCCAGGGUCUCUGUAGGGCUCUGGAUUGUAUCUCUUCAUACCGAAAUGGGUUUUCUCUUGUGAAAAGAGGGUAAAGAAUAUGAUCUUUAUGAGCUUUUGAGGAAGGUGCUGUUUGGAGGUUUUUAGGACAACAGGCAUAUUUCCUUCGGCCUCAACCCCCCAAUCCCUGGCACAUGUAACAGAUCGGUUUUCUUCCUCCCUUCAAGUGUCCUGCCUGCCUUCACUCUUUCGUAGUUCUGGCUUAGCUCCUAGUCAUUCUGGUUGCAUAAUUUUUCUUUUACCUAUUAAGGGGUUAUAGAAAAAUGUAUAAGAAAGAAGGCUGGUUUUCUUUUUAUAACAGAACUCAUCUGUGGUCAACGACAAGCUAUUUGUCUGUUCAACAUGUCCCUCUAUGAGAACUCACAGGAAAAAGAACUGCCUGAACCAACUUUAGCUUUACAGAACAAAGAAGAUGUCUUUCUUGAGAGAGGAGGAAGGGGCCGUUUUCACAGCUUUCAAGCUCCUAGCUUGUGACUUAUUCAUUCUCCACGUCCAGACUAUUUCCUGACACACAAGCCCGAUGCUGGAUGGCCAAGCCCCCACGGAGGCUCAGUAUGCAGAGGAGGGCCCAGGACCCUGGAUCUUCAGAGCAGAGCUGGGAGACCCACUACGGAGGCCUGAGGCCCAGCAGCAACCCAUCUCUCUGGCAGAGUGUUGGUGCUCCAGGCGGCGCGGCUGUGCGGUGCUGGCAGCCCUGGGGCUGCUGGCUGGUGCGAGCGUUGGCUCAUGGCUUCUAGCACUGCAUCUGUGGCCAGCUGCCUCUCGGCCCAUUUCCGGGGCCUUGCAGGAUGAGGCUAUGACUUUGAGCUGCUCAGAGGCCAAUGGAGAGGAAGCCCUGCUCCCCUCGCUUCCCAAAACAGUAUCUUUCAGAAUAAACACUGAGGACUUCUUGCUGCAAGUACAGUUGAGGGCCCGGCCAGACUGGCUCCUGGUCUGCCACGAGGGCUGGAGCUCUGCCCUGGGUGUGCAGAUCUGCCGGAGCCUUGGGCAUCUCAGUCUUAUUCACCACAAGGGGGUGAACCUGUCUGACAUCAAGCUCAACAGCUCUCACAAGUUUGCUCAGCUCCCUCCUAAACUAGGAGGUGUCCUGGAGGAGGUGUGGCAACCCAGGGACAACUGCGCUUCUGGCCAAAUUGUUUCCCUCAAAUGCUCUGAGUGUGGAGCAAGGCCCCUGGCUUCUCGGAUAGUGGGUGGGCAGGCUGUGGCUCCUGGGCGCUGGCCCUGGCAGGCCAGUGUGGCCCUGGGCUCCCGGCACACAUGUGGGGGCUCUGUGCUGGCACCACACUGGGUAGUGACCGCUGCGCACUGCAUACACAGUUUCAGGCUGUCCCGCCUGUCUAGCUGGCGAGUCCAUGCGGGGCUGGUCAGCCACAGUAUGGUCAGGCCACACCAGGGGACUGUGGUGGAGAGGAUCAUCCCCCACCCUCUCUACAGUGCCCAGAAUCAUGACUACGAUGUCGCCCUCCUGCGGCUCCGGACACCGCUCAUGUUCUCAGACACCGUGGGCGCUGUGUGCCUGCCGGCCGAAGAGCAGGAUUUUCCGAGGGGUUCACAGUGCUGGGUAUCUGGCUGGGGCCACACCGACCCCAGCCACACCCACAGCUCGGACACUCUGCAGGACACCAUGGUGCCGCUGCUUAGCACCCAGCUCUGCAACAGCUCCUGCGUGUACAGCGGGGCCCUCACCCCCCGCAUGCUGUGUGCCGGCUACCUGGACGGGAGGGCUGAUGCCUGCCAGGGAGAUAGCGGGGGGCCCCUGGUGUGCCCAGAUGGGGGCACAUGGCGCCUCGUGGGGGUGGUCAGCUGGGGUCGAGGCUGCGCAGAGCCCAAUCACCCUGGCGUCUAUGCCAAGAUUGCUGAGUUCCUGGACUGGAUCCACAAUACGAUAUGGGUCCACUAGAUGGAGAAGCAGCAGACCCCGAAGCAGAAGGCAUGGAUUUCCUAUCACUGCACAAGAGACAGUCACCACCCAUGGGCCAGCCUCCAGGCCAUAGAGCUCUCUCCUCACACUCUGAUUUCCAGUUUCUCUAUCUCACCAGCGAGUCCCAAUGACGAGAGAGAGGCUGAGGCAGAGUUGGAGCGUGGGGCAGCUGCUGAACGUCGGGGAGGAGCUGAAAAGGAAGAGGAUGCCGGAAGCAGCCUGCCCUUCUGCUCUCUCCCCUGCCUAGCCACUGUGCCCAUCUUUUGGGAGGAUGCUCAGGGAUACCCUGGGCCUUCCUUCUCCCUGUGCCCUCCACCCUGCCUCUGGAUGCUCCUGGGAAGAUGGAGUCAAGACCGAGCCAGCCCAGAUUAAGCCCAUGGAGUCAGGAUCCUCCCUACUUUGCUGUGGUUGGUCUCACCUGCUUCCUGUUCUUACUUGGCUUUGGCUGGCCCUGCUUGGAGCAGGGGUAGGAGUAGGGGCUACUGUAAAAAUAUUCUGGUUGGUGUUGGAAUAGGUUGGUUUCAAAUGACAGUUUUGUGAACUGGUCCAAAGAGUUCUGUUAUUAAAAUGAAGAUAUGUAUGGUCUAUGUCCAGUCUCCUGCCCCCCUCUCCCCCACAGACCCUCACAUUAAAAGGUAAAAUUACAAU